AUUGCAUUAUUGUGUAUGCUGAUCGCCUUUGGUUUAUGUCAUGGCAAUGGUCUUCCACAUACAAACAAAUCAAGAAUCGAAGUUCAAAACUUGAGUAAUCAAACGAUCAACGAAGUGGAACAAUUGAUUCGUCAGAAUUCGACUUUGUCGCAUCUCACUAGACGUGAGAUCGUCGAUAUUCUUUUAAAUAUUACAUCGCCCAAAGAUACAGAGGCACUCAAGAAUAAGGAAACAAUCGAGAAAGCAAGAAAGAUUUAUGAAAGGGCGUUGAUGGUAGUUUUACCGUACAAUGCAAAAGACGCAAAGGAAAAUAUUAAAGAUUUAUAUACGAAACCGCCAAUAGUUAAAAUAAUCGCAGACUCUUUUUCUUCUAAUUCGGAAGAUUUCAAAGUGUCGAAAACCGAAGAACAAUCCGAUGCAUCCUCCACGCAGGAAAUACAAUCUUUUGAAAAUUUAAUAGCGACACAAGUCUCGGAGAGAGAAGAUUUCUUCCCGAAAAUACGAUAUAAAAAUCACAGAGAGACGGAUAAAUUUUCGGAAAUGCCAUUGAUGAAGGAAACCCCGAAACUUGAAUCGGCCCCAGUGAAAUUUAGUCUCAAUUUCGAUAAUUUGCAAAAGCAACAGGCAAUCAGCGAGACACCCAUAAUUACUACUACUAGACAACCAGUAUUUCGGGAAGAAUCUUCAUCAAUUAGGAAUAAAGAGGUCCACAUAGUGUACAGUACAAGUGCUCACACAAACCUAAAACACGUUCGCACAACAACGAUGCAACCUACAAGGACGAGUUCUAAGGAAGAUGCUUCGACAAGCGAUUUAAUAGAGUUACAAACAUCUCGUCCUUUCAAGUACAAGGAAAAUGUUUUAUCUGUUGACCAAUGGCGUUACAACGCACCAAGUGUGACCGAAAGUUCGACACCGGCGAAAACAUCCGCUUUAGAUGACAUACAAAUGACGGAUACCAAGCAAUCACACACACACACAACAUUAAUACCUUUCCUUUCUUCUUCUCUCUCUUCUGCAGAAAAUUUGAAAUACAAUUCCACUUAUAGCUUGAAUUCUGGAGGAUUUCUCUCUCGUACAAUCACAACAACUACGAUGCGACCAGAAGUGAUGGAAUUGCUUGCCUCGAUUGGACUUCGACCGGAAAAUUCUACGAAUGUGGAGGAAGUAUUUAGAAAAAACCAAUCAUUGAAAAGCAAAUCCGAGAUUCCCAAUAGCAACGGCUUGGUUUAUACGCCAAUUUCCGGUCUGACGGGUGUUGGAUCCGAUUCAUCUUCGAUAACUGCUCAAAAUACUUUUGAAAAUCCCGUCCUCGAGAUUGGAAAAGGAAUGAACAAUCUUACGCCGGAUGUACAGUUACUUUUUCAACGAUUUGGUCUGCAAAAUCCAUCCAAUCUGGUAACAACUACAACGUCUUCGCCUAGAACAACCAUGAACACAAAUUCCUAUACCAAUUUCAAGCCAUUACCGACAUCUAAGAUAAAAAAUGAGGAUAUGAAAGAGUUUUUAGCAAAGUUCGGUCUUGGCAUUGGUGAUACUAGGCAGAAAAAGGCUAUGUCGGCGCCGAGAACGACAGAACGGCCAUCGUUAAUUGAGGUUGUGCCGGAUAAUAUGCGGAAAAUUUUGGAGAACAUAGGUCUUAUUUCUCCCAAGGUGUCGAAAACAACACCGAAAAUGGAGGCUAUAGAACCAAAAGACUCAACCAAGUUUCAUGUGUUUAAACCUCAUGAAGUCGAAGUGAAAGACGAGAGGCAAAGGAUGAGGAUCAACGAGCUAUUGGAUACUAUUAACAGAUUUGUUCAAGAGGGAAAGGCAAAUUCGAAGGAUGUGCAAAGGAUAGCCGAUGAUCUACUCGUAAACACAAAAACUUUAAAGAAUGGUCCAGAUCCAUUAUAUUUAGAAGAGCUUAUUAGGAUCAAUAAUGAGGACAUAAAGAAUGAAGUGAAAAGACAAAACCCCAAAGAAACUACUAAUAAGACAAUCAAUAUUGGCGAUGAAGAUCUCACGAAGACGACAACCACCGAAUCUGUAGACGUUUCCUCGACGACGACGACCCCGACGACUACGCUAAUAACUCCAAUAACUCCAGAUUCGGCGAAGAGUAACUCAGAUGAGUCAUCAACAUCAAGUGUAAAUCUUGCGGCGCUAGAGGAGUCCUUUGGUGGUACAACUCGUGCACCAGAUCCGGUUUUACCAACUAAGCGAAGAAGCGGCCUAUAUUUUCUCGUCGAUUGGAAUACCUUUCUCGAAGUUGGUGACGAUGCUAGCGAAAAAGUGAAUUUACGAUUUGAACCAAAAGUUGGCGAUAGGACAAGAUUUUUGCCAGUUACCAUACCGUGAUUUAUGAGAGACUAUCAAUUUCAUUACGUAAUACUGUUUCCGGUGUUAAUUUAAUCCGAAGAUUUUCCAACAUUUGUACUCAUAUUUAGAAAUUUUGAAUAUUUGAUAUAUGUAUAUAUACAGGGUUUCAGGAGGGAUAGUAAAUAUUUUGGGAGGUUGUAAUAUAUUAGGUCCUUGAAUAAGUUCUCGCUGUUUUUUUUGUUAAAAAAAAACAUUUAUUUAAAAUAUAAGGCUUACAAUAACUUUACUCAAAGUAUUGUCCAUCAUUAGAGACCACACAGCAAUGCCUCCAAUUCUUCGUCUUCAAACUUUGUCGGUGCUCUAGAACGUUCUUUAUCUUCAAGGUCAAAGUCAUUAUUUUUAAAGCGCCUAAACCAGUCUCUGCAUGUCGUAUUCGACAGAGCAUUGUCACCAUAUGUUUCAACAAGAAUUCUGUGUGCUUCAGCUGCAGAUUUCUUUUGAAUAAAGCAGUGCAAUAAAAUUCCCCGCAAAAACACUUUAUUUGGCACAAAAGUAGACAUUUUCGCAAUAGGUAAUUAAACACGUGGUUGACACUGUGGUAAACUGUAUCUACUAGAAUUUGAGGUUACAUAUAGUACUACUUAGCUGAUGCGUUUCCGUACGAAAUUCCAUGCACAGAGUGCCGCUACGCCAUCUUUUAAGAAACAGCGAGAACUUAUUCAAGGACCUAAUACAUCGAUUAUUCUGUGUAAAAAAUUUAUAUAAAUAUAUGUCUAAUUCUUAAUUAACAGUUGUUUAUAGCUGGCAUAAAGCCAUUAUGAAAGAUAUUAAAGAACAAUAAAUGACUUAUUAUUACUUGUAUUUAUUGAAAUGAUACUCUUUGAAUGAUACAAAAUGUAAAUAACAUUAUAGUUUACAAAACAUUUUUUUUCAUUAUUUUAUAAUGAAUUUAUAAACCAAACAAGGUGUUCUUUUAUAGAUUUUUGAAUGCUGAAAACCAUAUUGCAAGCCAAUUUUCAGCACGUAAGGUUUCCGAAAUAAAUUUAAGGUAUAAUAAAUGACAAUUGCAAAUAUUUGAGAUUUUGUGUGAAAAAAGUUAUGUAUAAACUGAAAAUUCUGAUUAGAUGUCAUCUAAAUUAUUGUUUAUCCUCUAUAAAAUAAAUUUUUAAUUUUGAUAUCUUAUACUUUUUAAUCAUGAUUAGGGAGGAUUUAAAUACAGAGUUUUGCUGAGAUAGCAAAUAUGUAUUUUGUCUUAUGAUGAAGUCAUAUUUAUACUCAUAAUUUGUAGUUUAAGACUAUCGAAACACA